AUGCCAAAGUGCAAAUCGUGGAAAAAAUCUCGACAACGAAUCGAGAUUGACGAUUUUAAUGAUGCAUGUCAGAAGUCUGACAACUUUAUUCAAAUCGCAGAACGUCAACUCAUUUGCACGAUGGCAAUGACAGAUGAGUGGUACAAUGUAAAUGUGAAAAAACCGACUUUGAAUAGAAUUGAAGAGUUCCAAGAGAAAGAUUCAAACUGGAAACUUGAUUCUAUUCAAAGGUUGGAGGUGAACAUUAACAAGUACAAUCCCAUGCGCGCUGGCUCUUAUAUCGACUUACCACUUGCUAUUAAAAAGAAGCAAGCAUGUAUUAAUGUUCAGAAUGUAGAUAAUCAAUGUUUUAAAUGGUCAAUUUUGUCAGCCUUACACCAAGUUGAAAAGCAUUCAGAUCGAGUUUCAAAGUACAGACCUUAUGAGCACACGCUUGAUUUUACUGGAAUUGAGUUCCCUGUUGCGCUAAAAGAUAUUUCAAAAUUUGAGGCUCACAAUAACAUUUCAGUGAAUGUCUAUGGUCUUGUGAAAAAGGAUGAAAAGUUUACAGUGGCACCUUUACAUCUUUCAACGCAAAAACAGGUUAUGCACGUGAAUCUUCUACGAAUUGAAGACCACUACAUUGACGAAAAUCUUGAUGUGGAGGAGGAGGAGGACCAAGUAGCCAUUAUUUCUUUCAACUACCAUUAUGUGUGGAUCAAGGAUUUAUCAAAGCUUGUCAGCAAUCAACUGUCAAAACAUAAUGGCAAAAAAUACAUUUGUGAUCGUUGUCUACAUUAUUUUAAAAAAGAAGUAAAGCUAACCGAACAUGAGAAAAUCUGCCGAAAGAUGUGUGAGACGAGAAUUGUGCUGCCAGAACCAAGGAAGAAUAUUGUUGAGCUUAAAAAUUAUUCAAACAAGGAGCGUGUGCCCUUUAUUAUCUACGCAGAUUGUGAAAGCCUCUUAAUUCCUUCUGAAGCGCCACCAGAACCUAGAAAUACUGAGGUUUUUCAAACUCACAAAACGCUCAGUAUUGGCUAUUACUUGAAAUGUGCCUUUGAUGACUCUCUAUCUGUAUACAAAGCAUCUCCUAAAGAUGACGAAGAACCGGCUAAAUGGUUUUCAAAAAAAAGUGGGAAGUAUCGUGGACCCGCGCAUCAAGAUUGUAACAUUAACUAUCACGAAUCACAGACCAUACCCGUUGUUUUUCAUGAUCUCAGUGGCUAUGACGCGCAUUUCAUUAUUGAUGCCAUUGCUACUGGUUUUGAAGGUAAUGUGUAUCUGCUUUCCAUAAACAAGGAAAAUGACGACAAAAUCCAAUUGUUAACGCGCAAAGGAGUUUUUCCCUACGAAUACCUUGACUCUAGGGAAAAGCUCGACGAAACAGAAUUACCACCUAAAGAAAAAUUGUAUAGCACGUUGAAUGAUUCAAAUGUUUCAGUUGAAGAUUACACACAUGCGCAGAAAGUGAAUCAAUGUUUAACAGCUUACGGUCUUGAUCCAGCACACUACUAUACAACGCCUGGACUGACAUGGGAUGCUAUGCUAAAGUACACAAACAUAAGGUUGGAACUCCUCACUGAUAUUGACAUGGUUAUGUUUGUCGAACGCGAAAUAAAAGGUGGGGUGAGUCAGUGUACAAAUCGGUACGCGAAAGCUAACAAUCCUUACAUGGAGAAUUUAAAUGAAAACGAGGAGACAUCUUCUAUUAUGUACUUCGACGCAAACAAUUUGUAUGGUUGGGCUAUGGUCCACUCACUUCCCUGCGGUGGCUUCGAGUGGGUAGAAAAUGUAGGCAAUGAUUUUGAUUUUAAUGUUUCAGAUAAUGGGUCAAUUGGAUUCAUCUUGGAAGUUGCUCUCGAUUAUCCAGAUUAUCUUCACGAUAAACAUAGCGACUUUCCUUUUUUCUCUGAACGCUCGAAGCCACCAGGGUCAAAAGAGCAGAAGCUCCUAACUACCCUCCUACCGAAACAUAAGCACGUUCUCCAUUAUCGCGCUUUAAAACAAGCUAUUGACAAUGGUUUAGUUUUAGUUAAAAUUCAUCGCGUCUUAAAAUUCAAGCAAUCUACUUGGCUAAAGACUUACAUUGAUUGUAAUACUGUCCGAAGAACAAAUGCUAAUAACGAGUUUGAAAAAAAUUUAUUCAAAUUGAUGAACAAUGCUGUAUUUGGCAAAACAAUGGAGAACGUGCGAAAACAUGUUGACAUAAAACUUGUGACAAAGUAG